UCUGCCUUCACAGAUAAAAACACCGUCCUCUCGUCCUCCGCUCCUCCAUUCGUUUCCACCCCAUCCACCCGUUGCGACGCCACCAUCACCCCUCCUACAGCUGUUUCCAUCUCCUCCCUCCCGUUUCACUCCUUUCCGCUUCUUUUUAUCCCCACCUCCCCCCUCUCUCCCUCUCUUCAAGAGAGGAGAGAGGGGUGGACCGCCGUCGUCGCUGAUUUCAUGGGCUCGGCCAACCAUUCGCCGAGUUCAGACAAUGCAGCGAUGGCCACGGCGGACGAGAUGUUCUCCAAGCGCGGCUGCUGCUGCUUCUUUGUGCCCUGGCCUAACAAGGCCUGGGAGAGGAUAAUGCCCCCGGCGUCGGAGCGGACCGACGGGGUCUGCCCCGCGGCGAGCCGGCGGUGGUGGUGCAGAGGAUGGAAGGCUAUCCUCAAGGUGCGGGAGUGGUCCGAGCUCGUGGCCGGCCCUCGGUGGAAGACCUUCAUCCGCCGGUUCCGCCGCCGGCCCCGGAACGGCGGCGGAGGCAAGCCCGGCGGCAGGUUCGGGUACGACCCCAUGAGCUACGCCCGCAACUUCGACGAGGGGCAGGGCAGCGACUCGGACGGCGACACCGUCCGGCGGGGUUUCUCCGCCAGGUACGCCACCCCGCCCGCGUUGGCCAAGUCGUCGAUGGACUUGGGGGGCCUCAACGACGCGCCGCUCCUCGUCGGCUACGCCCACUGAGGAGGAGGAGGACGCCGAUUUUGAGGUCGGAGGAAGGAGAGGAGUUUGUUUCUUGGUCGGCUGAUUAUUCGUUUUCGAAUGCGAUUUCUGUUCGUUAUUUGUGUUUCGGUAUUAUUUAUUACGUGAUGAUUGGAGGGGAGAAAAAAUAAAAGCAGCGAUAGGUUUAAUGGGUGUGAUUUUUUUUGCUUUUCCCAAGGAACAAAGGGUCUUGUAGUUUCAAUUAAAACACCACUCCUCACUACUUAUUCCAUGACUUUUCUUUUAUUCGAGGGUCGAAAUGUCUUCCCUCCUUCA